CGGCUCUGGACUUGAAAAUCAGCGAAAUGCCAUUUUGGACUCAUAGUUGCUGUCCUCACAUAGUCAUUCCUUCACAUCAUAGUCACACAAUCAUUGCUCCUUACGACCUUAGGCUUUGUAGGUACAGCCAUUCUUCCUCACGCUUUCUGUGCUUGGGUGGACGUGGAUAAAUCGGAGUCCCGGCCUCGCUGCCGCAGUACGAAACGUGAAUCAAAAGAUAAUAAAAUUUAAUUCCAAUAAUACCUUCGAGUGGUUGAAGAGCGCAGUGCCACCACUCAGCUUUUCUGUACUGACUGUAGCCGUGUAGGGUGGUCGCCAAUCGUAGACUUCCACUGCCGGCUAGCCAUGGAGAGGCGUACGCGGACAGGUGCUAAGCCCGCAUCUCUGGAAGAGGCUGGGUCGCUGUCCGGUGAUUCGUCAAAGGCGCACAGCAACAGGCGAGGUGGGGCCGAUAGUGGACGAUCUCGGUCAAAGCUUGGUACUUGCUGUGAUAUAUUGGGAUUGCUGUUCCUCGGCGGGGUCAGCUACCUGGUGUAUCUAGCGCUGUUUGCCGACUGCAUCAUCGAUCCACAGCCGAGAGGUGUACCACCACCGCCCGAAAUGACCGGAGCACUGUCACCGGAUUCGUCCGAGUCUCUAGCUGACGCCGAGAUUCUGUUUCCCGACGUCCUGGUCGGAGCCGAGUGCUUGGCCUGGGAUGAUGAUGGUAUGCUUUACACGGGCACGAUGAGCGGUCAAAUCUGGAAAGUGGACCCGGCAGCUGACGAACCUGUACUAGUGGCCAAUACGGGCAAGGUCGCAUGCGACAGCAGCGUCAGAGAGCUUAGACCGGAGUGUGGCCGGCCGCUGGGUCUCCGCGUCAUGCCUGACAACAGCCUGUUGAUCGUGGACGCAUUCAUGGGUUUGCUGAAGCUGUCGUUGCUAGACGGAAAGAUGGACACACUGGUGCACCAGAAUCAGGUUGUCGACGGUGCACCGCUGGUGUUUGCGGAUGACCUGGCCAUCGGACCGGACGGUGCUGUGUACUUCAGUGAUGUGUCGACGUACAGCAUGGACAAGUUGUUCUAUGACGUGAUGAGUGCCGGCGGGCGGGGACGUAUCAUACGGUAUGACCCAGUGACGGGCUCUGCAAGCACGUUUGCGCGUGAUCUUCACUUUGCCAACGGUGUGGAGCUGAGCCACGAUGGCAAGAGCAUCAUCGUCACCGAGACCUCGAUGUACCGCAUUACAAGGAUAUUCAUCACUGGUGAGCGAACUGGUCAGUCGGAAGUGCUCGCCGAGAACCUCCCAGGUUUCCCGGACAACGUGCGACGUCACCCGGACUCCGGCUACCUGGUUGCCAUGUCGGCGGGCCGCACAUGGAAGUCCACUCUGCUGGAUAACCGGCCCUACUUGGUGCGGCUGAUGAUUAAUGCCGUGCCAUACGACGAGCUAGUGAAGGCCAGCAAUCCGUACGGUCUGUGUGUCCACAUGUCUGAGAGCGGGGACGUCAUUCGUACCUGGCACGAUGCACGUGCUCAUACGCUAGCGUUCACAUCACACUGUUCUAUGCAUGGUGAUCACAUGUUCGUGGGUUCCUUCGUCAGCCGGGGCAUUGGCAAGUUGAAACUGAGCAAAUCACUACCACAGAAUGCAGGCAAUUGAGUAUGCUGCCAAACGAUGGAGCAGCUCCGAUGGUUAGCCAAUUCAGCAUUUGCCUGUUCUCUAAAGGCAGUGUUGAAACGCACAGACUACCCGUUAGUCUCAGCAGGACGGACUUCCCUUAGGUAAUCUUAUCCUUCUUCUGCACGAGUGCGUUGGGCAUCCGCUGUUCAAGGUGGCUUGUCUUGAUGCAGUCGGUGAAUGGACAGCCAGCGUUGGUGUAGUGACCAAGUCGCUGUAUAACCUUUUCUUUGCUAACGUUUACCGGUACUCAUCACAAGGUACUAUUGGUAGGAGUAUAGUAAACCAGAAAUUUUUGGUGGUGUAAUUUUUUCGGUAUUUCCAAAAUCUCCGGUUUCCUGGAGGGGAAUUUUCGGUAAAUCCGUUUUCCAGGCAGUGUACUAGUACAGUACCGACAUUUUCGGUUUUGUUUUCGGUAAAAAUUGCAGUGUACACUCUUUUUCAAUAUUAUCACUGCUGGACGUACGUGGAGGUUUAUUUUAUUAAUUUUUCUUUGAAUUCUGCAAGUGUCCUCCGCCCAUGCGUGCAUCACGGUAUGCCGUGUCCAUGCCAUCCCCUCCUUGCUCGUGUUCAGCUAUUUUCGAAAUCAGAGAAUUCCUUUAUCCUAAUUACGCUGGCUAGAGCAUUGCUGUACUACACUGGCUACAGUGAGUUAGAGAAAGUCCAAGUUCAGCGGCCGGGCGGUGGCAGUCAAUGUUUUAUCUUCAGAUUUUGUUCUUAUUGUCCGCGAACCAGAUUUUCCCUUUCUUUAUA